AUGAAAGGGUUGCCCUGCCCCAGCCUGUGCCCUGCCCACUUCUGGCAGCUGGGGGCUUCCUUCAUGGCUGAGGCCUCCAGGACUCAGGCCCUGGGGAAAGGAGGGCCGCCACUCAGCGUCCAGCUCCUGCGAGCCCAGUAUGAAGACCUGAGGCAGCAGCAGAGGGCCCAGGCCCACCUCAUGGUGCUCCCGAAAGGAGGGAACACACCUGCUCCUGCUGAAUCCAUGGUCAGUGCUGUUUGGAUUAACAAGGAGAGGAGGCGUUCACUGUCCCAGGACAAGGUGGACCCUGAGGCAGCGGGGAUGCUGGAGGAGGCUGAUGGAGGCUGUCUGCAGAUCCCCAGGUCUCUGUGGCACACACACCUACAGAUGCACUGCUCGGUCCAAACCUUCCACCAGGAAACCAGUCAUCACGUAAAACACAAGGGCAAGUUCAUGGGGUCUGAGCAAAGGCUUCCUCAGGAAAGAGAUCCCAGCUUGUUUGAAAACAAGCAGAUGACUCAGCAAGAGACCAUGAUCCCAGAGGCAGCCCAGCAUGAACGUCAGGAGGGCAAUCCCCAAACAAAGACAGUGGGAUCCGGCUUAAACAAUGGCAUUCAGUGCCCUUCCUCCAUAAAGAACCCACAGAGGCCUGGAAAACCAGCUUACUAUCCAUUUCCCCAGAGGAAAACUCCCAGGAUCUCCCAAGCUGCCCGGAACCUGGGUUUAUAUGGCUCACCCUGAAGCUUUCUACUCAGCCAGAUGGCUCAACCUUGAGGCCAUCUAUUGUCUCAUCAAAGAACCCAGGAGGCAGAGCCACAAUGAGGGGCUCUAGCUGUGAGCAAAACUGGACUAGCUCAAUGAUAGGGAUUGUGGGAAAUGAACUUCACAGCGGGCACAUGGUCUUGUCCUUCAAAAAAGAAAAGCUUGUCCAGACCAGAUGGCUCACAGUUCAGGAUGGAAGAGUGCUGUCCGAUCAGUGCAGCCCCAUUCUGCUCAUACAAGAAGAUAUUGCUAUGGAGCCCUGGAUGCCCAUUCCUUAGGGAGGUCCAGUAGGACAUCUGCUCAGUCCCUAGAACCAGGGAAUUUGGAAACAUAAAACAGGGACCCUAGCCAAUGGAAUGCCUUAGCAGUGCCCUGGAGUCAAUGAACAUGGACAAUCUUGUUUCCAACAACUUCUGGUGAUUCCUCACAUGUUCUGGAGAAGGUGAGCUCUGAGAAUUGCCUUGUCCUGGUUGCUCUGCCUGGAGGCCAGCUCACUUAGAAGUCACUACACUCACUUCUAGUGACCACAGCAUUUCAGCUUGAGCUUCCCAAAGUAUGGUCACCCUGGGUAAAGAGGGGCAGAACAAUGCCACCUACCAUUUUGUGUGUUUAAGGGGUCUUUAGGAGGGUU